AUGGUGGAGGCCCAGACGUGCGAGCCCUUCGCCCAACAGCCCUCCAUCUGCGUGGCCGCAGUGCCCGUGGGUCCCACCUCGACCGUCUACGUCCAGCCCAAUACCACCCAAGCCGGCGUCGCCGCCGCCGUCCAACAAACCAUCAUCCCGAAGCCGGCGUGCCGCAGUGUGUGCGACGCCGUCAUCAACGAAUGCUCCGCCGCCUUUGCCUACGCCGGAAUCUCGGCCGCGCUGCCCAACUGCAGCAUGACGGCGAACGGGCUGCCCGUGUUCCCGGAGAAUUCGUGGGUGUUCGCGCCGGGGGUGGAGGUGAACUGCAGCGUGUCGGUGACGGACCUGAGCCUCAUCUUCACGGAGCCCGUGUGCGCGCCGCACUACGCGCCCAACCCGUACGAGGACGUGCCGCUGGCGUGCCUGCCCGAGUGCCCGCUGCCCUACUACAACGACGACCAGUGGGACGCGCUGUGGUACCUGUACGCCCUGUUCGGCAUCCUCACCAUCGUCGUCGCCAUCUUCGUGCUCCCGCCCUACUUCCUCUCCCCGUCCAAGUGGCACUGGCCCCAGCAGAUGAACAUGUGGAUCAUGUUCUGCUCCGCCAUGUUGGGACUGGGUAACUCGGCGCCGCUGGUGUUCUACGGCAACAACUGGCGGGACGUGGUCUGCAAGAACGCAGUGUCGGCCUCCGGCCAGACCGACAGCGCCCUCUGCACGUUCCAAGCCGUGUUCCAGAUCUACUGGGGUUUCGCGGGCAUCCUGUGGUGGCUCUUCCUCGUGGCCAAGGCCGCCCUGCUCGUCAACGGCUUCAAGACGCACAUGUGGGCUGAGAUGAUCUGCGCCCACGCCUACUGCUGGGGCGUCCCCUUCAUCUCGUUGACGAUGCUGCUGGCGAACGGUAAGGUGGGCUCGGGCUCGCCGCCCAUUUGCAACUACCUCGUCGCCGGCGCGGGCGACGACGGCUGGUGGAUCCAGAGCGUGCUCCUCAUUCCCGAGGCCAUCGUCCUCUUGAUCGGGUGCUGCUUCAUGACCGCCCUCCUCUACACCCUCAUCAAGUACGAGGGGUUCAAGGGCCUGCGGAAGAAGGGCCGUUUGUUGACGUACCUCAUCUGCUUCCUCAUCCCCAACGUCUACCUGGAGAUCUUCUACUACGUGUCCAAGACGCACGACAAUCGCGAGGUCGACAUCGCGCGGUGGCUCACCUGCCUCGCCACGAAUUACGCGACGGGACCCUGCGAGGACAUUCUCACGGCGCCCAACUACCCGGCGCAAGUAGUCAACGUGCUGCUGGUAGCCAGUGUGAUCUUUUCGUACAUGCUCAUCUUCGGUCUCAAGCUCAGCGUCUUCCAGUGGUGGUGGGCACUCAUCAAGGGCAUCUUCACGUGCGACUUCAAGAACUUCUCGCACUGGUGGACCGACAUCAGCACCAGCCAGACGUCGCGCUCCACCUCCGCCGCCUCCUAG